AUGAGUGAAUCCGAAGCAACUAAUCAAGCUAUAGAACCAUAUAUAACCGAAGAUAUUGACACAAAUGAUUACGUGGAAGCAACAUAUGAAUGUGAGAAAAUAAAUAGUAUCGGUGAGAACAUUGAAUUUAACGAAGAUGAAGUUAACGAUGAAAGUAUACUGGGAAAGGUUUUUGAUACACCCGAAGAUGCCUAUACAUUUUAUAAUGCUUAUUCAUUUUUACAUGGCUUUGGUAUACAUAAAGAUGACACAAUUAAAAAUCCUAAAACAAAUGAGCCUUUUCGGAAGAUAUAUGUAUGCAACAAAGAAGGUUUCAAAAGGAUGGACAAAAAUGCUUCAAGUGAAAAUGAGAAAAAACGUCGUAGAGAUUUUAGAACUGGAUGUAAAGCAAAGCUUCGAAUAACAAGACAAGAGGAUGGGAAAUGGUUGAUAGACUCGUUUAAUGACACACACAAUCACGAAUUGACCAUGACACCUACGAAGGUGACGAAGCAUCGAUCUCAUAGCAGUUUACACCGUUCAAUAAAAGGUAAAUACAUUAUGAUGCAAUUUGGUGAAGCAGGGUUGAAACCUUCUCAGAUUAAAAAGGCUGUUAAUACAAUGAAAACCUCAAAUGUAGCUGAUGUAACUUCAAAGCAAUGUGCCGAUGUUCUAUCUGAGCAUCGAAAACAACAUAGAGGAAAGGAGUUCUAUGGAAUUAUAAAACAAUUUCAAGAUAAAACAUUAGUGGACAGUGACUAG